AAGGCUCUGAUGUUCUCCGGAUUCCCUCCAUUUUGUUCUCCGUGUUCAUCGCGUUCACGCCUCCAUUGCUAGGGCAUCAAAGGACAAACCGAGAUCCACGAUGGAGAUCCCAGCUGCUGAUGAGCUUGAAUGGCUGGAAUCCAACUCCUUCUUCCCUGAAGAAGAAGACGAAGAGGAAUUCAUAGUCCCUGAGGACGAAGAUGAAGUUCAAGAGAUCCACGCACUUGAAAGUAGAGAUCAGAGCCCAGUCACUGAGGUUCAGAAUUCCAGGAAGCGGCUUUUGUCGGUGGAUGAUGGGGUACGCGAAGGGGAGAGUGGAUCAAAGAGGAGAGCAUCGGAUGACGAGGAAUGGCUUAGGUACUCUCCGCCUAAACAGGUGUUUGCCAAUGAGCCCACUGAGACUGAUGAUCCGGUGGUAUCUGUUGCCGAGGAGAAGAUCAUCUCUCGAUUUGCUUCGGAUAUUGAAGGGGCUUUCAUACCAGUGACUGGACCUGGUGGUGAUAGGGUCUAUGCUAAAUUGAGCUGUGUGGAGAAGGUCGGAGGGAAGAGCUUGCUCCAUAGAGACAAACCAUCGAACGUUCUGCUUUCGGUGUCCAUUGAUGUUCUGAUGCAAAGAUUGGAACAAGAAACUUUCCAGAAGGCUUUGCAAGAAAGUUUUGGCUCGCCUAAUCAAGAAAACCAAACGACAACUCACACAGUCAGUGGACAGCUUUGGGUUGACAAAUAUGCUCCAAAUUCUUUCACAGAACUCCUUAGUGAUGAACAAACAAAUCGAGAGGUUCUUUUAUGGUUGAAGCAAUGGGAUUCCUGUGUUUUUGGAUCUCAAAUUAGAGCCACUACAGAUGAUGUUUUAACUGCUCUACAUCGACAUUCUUCUAUCACUCAGCAUGAAAGUUUUUCAGAAAGGAAAGGUUUCAACAGGAAUAGGAGAGUUCCAUUUGUCAAGCAAAGCCUCAAGCAUUCAAAUGUUAUGGAUAAAGAAGAUGCCAACUCGAAGGGUAUUUCUGAUGUAUGGAAUAGGAAGUCCACAACCAAUCAACCACCAGAGCAGAAGGUGCUUCUAUUAUGUGGACCACCAGGGCUUGGGAAGACUACACUUGCACAUGUUGCAGCCAGGCAUUGCGGAUAUCGAGUUGUUGAGAUAAAUGCAAGUGAUGAUCGGUCAUCUUCUACAAUUGAGUCAAAAAUUCUUGACGUAGUUCAAAUGGAUUCUGUCAUGACUGAUUGCAAGCCUAAGUGUUUGGUGAUUGAUGAAAUUGAUGGAGCACUAGGAGAAGGAAAGGGUGCAGUCGAGGUGAUCUUGAAAAUGGUAAAUGCAGAAAAGAAGCCCUCUGUUGAAAAGGGUGUUGUUGGUCAAGAAGCUCAACUGGAAAAGUCUUCCUCAAAGAAAGGGCGUAAGGCCAUGAGCUUGUCCAGGCCUGUAAUCUGCAUAUGCAAUGACCUGUAUGCACCUGCUUUGAGACCAUUACGCCAAGUUGCCAAUGUGCAUAUCUUUGUUCAGCCUACAAUCAGCCGGGUUGUAAACAGGCUUAAAUAUAUAUGCAAUAAAGAGGGAUUCAGAACAAAUUCAAUUGCCCUUUCUGCACUUGCUGAAUAUACAGAAUGCGACAUCCGUUCUUGCUUAAACACGCUUCAAUUUCUGCAUAAGAAGAAAGUAAACUUGAAUGUCCUCGAUAUUGGUUCCCAAGUAGUUGGUCGCAAAGACGUGUCACGAAGUUCUUUUGAUGUAUGGAAGGAGGUUUUCCAAAAAAGAAAAUCAAAGCGUGAAAGGAAGUCCUUGAAUGAUGGAAUCAGGCAUCUAGAUUCUCUGUACACCCUUAUAGCAAACCGUGGUGAUUAUGAGUUGACUAUGGAUGGUAUCCAUGAGAAUUUCCUACAGCUAUCUUAUCAUGAUCCAAAGAUGCAAAAGACAGCUCGAUGUCUUGACAUGCUCGGCAUUUCAGAUUCACUGCUUCACUAUAUUUUCCGUACUCAACAAAUGUCACUUCAAGUAUAUCAUCCUCUUAGUGCUGUAGGUAUGAGCUACCUGAUUGCACAAGUGGAAAAACCAAAUAUUGAAUGGCCAAAAUCUUUACAAAGGUGCAGAGCAUUGACGGUGGAAAAGAAAGACUUGUUGAAAAGCUGGCAUAAUAAGAUUUCACCAUCUAUCUCAAGGCAUAUUUCAAUUGAGUCUUUUGUAGAAGAUGUUGUUUCCCCAUUCUUACAUAUUCUUUCUCCACAAACUUUGAGGCCGGUAGCGUUGCAUUUGCUCUCAGAGAGAGAGAAGGAUGAUCUAGCCCAGCUAGUCGAUACUAUGGUUUCGUACUCAUUAACAUAUAAAAACUUAAAACCUGAGCCUGCCCAAAAGUUUUUCAAUAAGUUAGGAGCAUCUGCUGAUGCCCUUGUGCCGUCUCUUGAUCCACCAAUCAACGACUUCACAAACUUCAAGGAUUAUCAGUCGGAGCACUAUGAACUUCCUGUGGCCAUGAAGCAAGUUCUGUUACAUGAGAUUGAGAAGCAGAAAAUUCUACGAGAGAGCAUUGGAAAAUCCACCAAUCCAAGUGAUGAGAGCAACAAUGUGAACGGAGCCUCAUCUUCUUCAGAUGCUCUAGUAAUUCCUGUCAAGAAGACAACAACUGCUUCUGUGGGAAAUGGGAGAGAAAACACAACAGCAUUGACUCAGAGGCAAAAGUUAUCCACCAUCAAUUCAAAACCGGGUUCAGUGCCUGACAAGAAUUUACCAGUCACUGGCAAAAAUCUAAAAGCUCCAGGAAAUCCAAAAAGGCCCUCUGGCAACUUGACAAGUUUCUUUGAUAGGGUUAAGAAAGGGAACAAUGCGAGCUCCGAACAUACUGGAGACAUGUUGAAUAAUACAGGAACAACUGAAAGAGAUUCACGCCCUCUGAUUUUCAAAUAUAAUGAGGGUUACACAAACGCAGUGAAAAGACCAGUCAAAGUGCGUGAGCUACUCUAAUUAUUCACACAUCUUCCCAUUAAAUCUCCCUGAUUGUCAAAUAUGCAGGCCUUUUAUCUUGCAACAUUUUUAUUGUUGUAUGGAUUUAUUCUUUGUUUUCUUUAAAAAAAUAUAUAUAUAAUCAUCCUAUUGUAUUUGCUUGCUACUUUUAUCUUUUUUUGGUUCCCUGGGUACCAUUCACCCAUGCUCAAUUUUGGAUUUGUAUUUUUAUUUUUGUUUUCUAUAAAUAUUUCCUGCUAAUGUAUGAGUUAAAAUAGCAACUAUGUACAGAAUCUCCUA